GCCUGAGUCAAUGGCGGACGCCUGCGGAGCAGGUGUAGCUACUUCCAGCUCUGGUGCUGGGGCACUCCCGCCGUGGCAGGCCUGCAGCCCAACCCAACCUGGGCACACAGCUGUGUUCCCGGAUGUGAUCCAGCCCCAGCGUCUGGCUCCAAGCUGGCAGCAGCAGAAGCCCCGGAAAAGGAGCAGCCUUCUCCAGCAGCUGGGUGCCUUCCAGGUCAUUCUUGGCCUGCUGCACCUGCUCUUUGGGGGCUUCCUGGCUGGCACAGUCAAGAACCUUCACCUGGUGGUGCUGAAGUGCUGGUACCCAUUCUGGGGGGCUGCCUCCUUUCUCGUUUCAGGGGUCUCGGCGAUAUGCAUGAAGACCUUUCCUAGAUCACCUCUGAAGGUGCUGUGCCUGUUGACAAGCCUCAUCAGCUUCCUCUGCGUGCUGUCUGGCCUCCUGGUCAUCGCCAAGGACUUCUUUCUGGAGAACUCAUUUGAGUCCCCAGUCUGGAAACCGUACCCCAACUUCAUUGUCCACAUCCAGAGACUGGAGCUGGCCCUGCUCUGCUGCACCUUCCUGGAACUCUUCCUGCCGGUGCCCACAGCCAUCCUGGCCCAUCGGGAGGAGCGCCUGUCUGCAGAGGAGCAUAAUAAGCCUCCCCUGGGAGCCUUCGUGCCUCCUCACCGGGAGCACAGUGCCAAAGACGGGCUCUGCGGCUCUAGGUCAGGGCCCUCACCACGGACCAGCAGGGAGGACGUGGCAGCUGUCCCUGGAGAGGCUGGGACCUUAGACUUGCCCCCAGAGCACAUUGCAGCUGUGAAGGACUUGGUGUAUAGGGAGGCCCAGUCCUCCUCCCAGAUCCCAGCAGGUGACACGGUGGGCAAAGGUUUUGGAGGCUGCCAAUCUGCUCUGGGCACGGGGACUCCUCUUUUGCAGGCGGGGGAGUCAUUCCUUGUUCCCGACACACCGUGGGAACUCCAGGCUCCAACGGUGGGGCCGCCACCCUCCUACGAGGAUGUGACUCAAGACCACAGACAAAAGGAGCAAACUCAGAGGUGAAGAGUCAGCCAGGGCUCCCCAGACCCUCAAAACUCACCCACAACCACUUCUGCCUGGAAAGACAGAGGGUGGUGGCCGCAAAGGGGACACAGUGCUGGUCAAAGCAGGGGUGGUCCCAUCCUACCAGGAGCA